CCGCCUACUGAGGGAAACCGAAAGUUAAAAAGCUGCUCCUUCUUCUCCACAAACCUCCGUUUUGCUUCAAAAGACUAGAAGGAGAGUAUUGACUAACAGCGAACCGGACCGGUACCGUUUCCUCAUUAUGGCGUUCAACCAGAACCCGUUUUACAGCCCGAGAAUACCUUUCACCGGAGCCAUCCACGGCGGCCUGCAGGAAGGGAAGUCCAUCACCGUUAGCGGUCGGGUUCAACGUGGAGCUGAUAGGUUCAACGUGAAUUUGCAGUGUGGUUCCAGAUCUGGUGCUGACAUCGCGCUCCACAUUAACCCUCGUUACGAAGGUCACCAUUAUGUGGUCACCAACACCUUCCAGCAAGGCCGCUGGGGGUCAGAGGAGAGGAAGCAGAGCUGCCCGUUUCCGCCUGACUGUGGCUUCACCCUUCAGAUCACCGUGACUCGGGACUUCUACCAGCUGAGUGUGAACGGUUCCCACUUCAUGGACUACCGGCAUCGCCUCCCGUUUCAGACGGUCGACACCAUCAGCGUGGGUGGCAGAGUGGACAUCUCCUCCAUUUCCUUCAUGAGUGCUGCGUUUCCUGCUCAGGCUUUUCCCACCCAGUAUGCUUUCCCAGCAUUCCCUCCCCAGCCAGCGUAUCCAGCACAGCCUGCAUUUCCUCCUCCGAUGCCUGUUGUUCCCUACAAGAACUUCAUCAGCAGUGGACUCCAACCUGGCAGAACCAUCACGAUCCAGGGAAUUGUCAAUCCCAGUGCCACCAGAUUCCACGUGAAUCUGAGCCAUCAGUCCGGAAUCGCUUUGCAUUACAAUCCACGUUUCAACGAGAACACUGUGGUCCGAAACACCAAGCAGGGGAACAGUUGGGGUCCUGAGGCACGGGGCGGGGGGAUGCCCUUCCAGCGGGGACAACCGUUCACGCUGACCAUCAUUUGUGAGAAGAACGUCUUCCGGAUGGUGGUGAACGGGAUGCAGGCUCACACCUACAAACACCGUCAUACUCCCGUUCAUACCAUCAACAUCCUGGAGAUCGAUGGAGACAUCAGGCUGACCUCUGUAAUUGUUUAGAGAUCCAGUGUUUGCUUAAAGUUCAUAAAAAAGCUAAUUUUCUCAGAACAUGUCACAUUUUAACUAGAUUACUGAUUUACUAGUGGUCAAGUUGGAAACAGCAGCUGUUUAACUUUAUUGUAAUUGUAAAAACUGGAAUAAAAAACAGAAAUUUU